AUGUCUUCGGAAUUAUAUUACUACAGGCCAUCAACGCCUCCCGCCAUGAUGGCUACCAGCCAUUUUAAUGGUCGAUAUAAUAUGCAUGUCCGAGCAGACUCGAGUUCCUCAAAUAACUCAUCUCCAGACUCUGCCGUCACCAAUCUCACUACCCCAAAUUUGUCACCAGUCAUCCGCCAGCAUGGGCCAGCUCUUCUACCAAAGAUCAGACCUCAGGACCUUAUAGUUGAGCCUGUCUCCUCUAGCGGGCCUAUUCGUCACCGCAAGGGCCAGUCAACCAUCCGCAAACCCACCGUGUACACACCUUACCCAGCUAGUCGAUCUCAGAUGCGUGGGUCUUUGACCUCACCAAUCGAUUGCUCCCUUAUCUCGCCGAUUUCAACUUCUUCUAUGCUGGGCCAUCGCGCCCCUUCAACUCUCUCUUCACCAGUAACUUUAACUCCAUCUCAUACAAGGCUUGCACGUGGACAUUCCCGUUCAACGUCUAUCAACAGCAUCGACGAGGCAACUUUGGCCCGCUAUGGAUACCCAACCUACCGACAGUACCCAAGAUACAUGACCCAAUGCAGCCCUACAACUCCAGUUUCGGCUACAUCCUUUUUAUUCCCAUCUUAUCCACCACCUAGUGAACCAGUCACCCCUCACCCACAGCCCUCUCCACCUCUUCAGCCUGUCUAUUCUUACGUCGAAGCUCCAAUUACAACCUUAGCUCCACCUAUCCAUGCUCCCUCCGUCACUACUCCCCCUUACUCAGAAUCGGAUGAUCUGGAACUUUCAACUACUCUUCUCAAAUACCUAACAGAACCAACCCAGGCCAUCAACCUCGUGCAGCAUGUAAGAGUGCCCGUGGGCCGUGGGCAGCAGCAGCAUUUCUGGUGGGACAUCCGAAAUCUGCGAAGCUGGUCCAGCUUCUCUCUUUCCACAAUCCACUCAAUCCCAAAACUUACCGCUCUCCUCACCACGCAAGUCUCCCAAGAUUGCCAUCCCAUAUCAACUGUGACCUCAUCGCGUCUCUCCCCGAGCUCUGAGGGCGCUCUCGCCGAGCUAGUCCGCGACAUCUACGCUCCCCGCGUAAACGCCGCUAUCCAAACCUCCAUCGGCAAGGGGCUGAUCCUCAAACCAACAACGGAGGCCUUUCUCACAGGAAACCGCACCAACAGCGGGCCCCAUUUCAUCGCCAACUAUGCCACAGAUACCGAACUCACAGCCUCCGGCAACCAGCGCGGCCGCCUCGUCGGCCUCGUCAAGAGCUUCAACUGCUGGAACAGCGGCAUGCGCCAGGAACCACCACACAAGCGCGUCGAAUACCUCAACGGCCUCGCGCACCUCCAACGCUGCAUGCGCGAGCACUCCUGCCGCUACGGCUUCAUCAUGACGGAAAUCGAACUCGUCUGCGUCCGUGCAGGCUACGACGAUGUCACCGACACGCCCUACUUCGGCUACCUGCAGGUGGCCCCACCAAUAAUGACGAACCUCUCGUCGGAGUCUUAUUCCCCACCCCCGCAACACCAACCACGACACCACUCCCACUCUCGCUCCCACCGAUCCUCUUCCGCCCAAUCAUCCGAUUAUUCCCCCACCCCCUCCCGCUCUCCCUCCCCACCUUCCUCCUUCAUACCACAAUCAUCAACCUCAACCCCACUCACCGCAACCCUGGCCCUUUACUACCUGGUCCUCCUCUCCAAGGCCGAGGCCCUCCCCACCCAGCCCCGCGGCUACCUCAACGUCGGCGGCCAGGGCACCCUCACGCGCCAACACAUCCUGCCGGAGGGGAAAGACAAAUGGAUCCCCGAGCCGCAGACGGGGGAGAAGCGCGAUGCAAAGAGGGUCCGCGGGUGGGUGUGGCCGCAGGAUCCGUGGCAUAGGCGCGAGGGGGUAGCCUCGGGGAGUCGGGCGAAGGCGCAUCAGCAGAAUCAGCAGCUAAAUGGAAGUGGGAAGGUGGCGGGGAAGGGGAAAAAGUGGCAUAAGUAA